UCUGGGUCGGCAGGAUAAGGGCGUAUCGUAUCUAUCCAAAGACAAUAUCUCUACCCAAGACCCAGCGCAGGAUGACUUCCACUAAGCCCCUGGGCGGCGUCAACGUCACAUUUCUUGGGACUGCGUCCGCUGCGCCAUCCUCGACGCGGAAUCACUCUUCACUGGCACUACGUCUCGAUGGCGACGUAUGGCUCUUUGACUGCGGCGAGGCUACACAGCACCGAUUGCAGAAGAGCCAAGUCAAGAUGGGCAAGAUUCAGAAGAUCUUCAUCACCCAUACCCAUGGCACGUCGAUCAACACUUGAACUACCAACCCCGGCUCAACUCCGCUCGUCGCAGGGGACCAUAUGUUCGGCGUUGUACCACUUCUAUGCAGUCUACUAAACGGCGCGGGGGGAACUACGGAGGGAGCUGACGACCCAAGGACGAGAGUUGACAAGAGCCUGCCCCCAAUAGAGCUAUACGGGCCCCAGGGCCUGCGCGCCUACGUCCGUGGUGGCCUCACAUAUAGCCACUCCCUCAUCGGUAGCCCCUACGUCGUCCAUGAACUACGCUUCCCCUCCGACCCAGACGUCGAAUCCUACCUCCCCCUCCACCCUGCCGAGCUUGAAGGGCGCAACAUCACCCAAACAGCCGAUGGCAUCUGGCACAACAUCUUCGCCGACGACCGCGUCUCCGUCAGCGCUGCGCCCAUCCUGCACUCCUGCCCCUGCGUCGGCUACGUCGUCCAAGAAGCGCCCGUGCCCGGAAAAAUGGAUCCCAAGCUGUACGUACCGCACAUCAAGCGUACCGGUGCGCCCAUGAGUCUCUUGGCCAGCCUGCAGCGCGGCGAGUCCGUGACCUUGCCAGACGGCACGACCCUCGCCGGCCCCGCGCGCCGCCCAGGGCGCAAAAUUGCCAUCCUCGGCGACACGUACGACCCCUCACCCCUCGCGCCCAUCGCCGCCGACGUCGACCUCCUCGUCCACGAGGCCACGAACGCGCACCUCCCCGGCGUCGACCCCGCCACGAAGGCGGAGGACACAUACGAGACCGUGGAGGCGCGCGCGAAGUCGAGGGGCCACUCGACACCGCAGAUGGCGGGCGCGUUCGCGAAAAGGAUCGGUGCGAAGAGGCUGGUGCUGAAUCACUUUUCGUCGCGGUAUCCGGGGGAUGAGAGCGAGGAGACGAGCCGGAUUAUGGGGGCGAUCGGGAGGCUGGCGGAGGGGGAGUAUGGGAAGCCGGUGACCUGCGCUAGGGACUUGAUGAGUCUGGAUGUAGGAUUGGCAGAAUGACUUCGUUGGUCGGUGACUUUGGCGUGCAAAUACGAGGGGAGUGACGUGCGUGUAACCUGAAGGACUUCAUCGUUGGCUCAAUCAGGACUGGACCAGCGAAUUCACUUAGCAGGAACAACACGGAGACAGGUG